AUGGAGCAAGUCAUUGUUGGCCUCUUCACUGAAGUAAGGCGGCACAAGCCGAGUGUGAUCUAUAUUCCAAACAUUGACGCCUGGUACACGGUGCUGACUGGAACGCUGGCGCUGGUCACCUUCCGCACCAUGUUGAGGUCUAUCGCCCCGACGGAUCCUGUACUCCUCAUGGCCACCGCAGAUUGUGAAAAGAAAGAUCUUUCACAAGAGAUGGUGCGCGACUUUUUCGGCUACUCUCGUAAAAACCAAAUGCAGAUAUCGAGACCGAACAAGGCCAAUCGUAUGGAGUAUUUUUCGAAAACAUUGGAUUAUGUGAAGCUGCAGCCUCGUGCCUUCCCAGAUCUUGACAACCGGAAGAAGAGAGUUCUCGAGGAGCUCCCGGUAGCUCCUCCGGCACCUGUCAAGCCACCAACGAAAGACGAGGUGAAGGCUCUGAAGAAGAAAGAUCAUCAGCUCCUGAACGCCCUCAAGAUUCAACUGCAGCCCAUCAUGGAUCAGAUCAAUCGCAGAUACAAGAAGUUCAGACAGCCAGUCCUUCAACAGAACCUGAUUGAAUACUUGUUCCUGGAGGCAGAUCCGAACUAUGUACGACCCGAUCUGGCAGAAGGGGAGAACAGGCCCUUUGAAAUUGUAAAGGAUAAGCAUGGAAAUGACGUGCUGAUGCACGUCGAGUCUGGCAAGUACUAUUACAAUCUCGAGACGACAACCAUUGAAGAGCGCCUCUCGAACGGGUUCUAUGCUCGCCCCAAGGACUUUUUGUUCGACAUCAAGGCUCUGGCAAAGGAUGCCAAGAACAUUGGCGACAAGGAGCGCACUCUCAAGGCCAACGAGUUGCUCAGCAACGUCGAGGUAGAUGUAGCGAGUAUCGAAACCAGCACAGCCCACAUCGACUGGGAAGCACUCUACCAGCGCCAGCAGCAGCGAGCCAAAGAGGCAGCAGAGAAGGAGCGAAAGCGAAAGGCCAUGCAAUCUGUAUUAGAACGAGUCCAGUCGGAUCUUGGCGGCGGCAAUGACAGCGAUUCGCAGGGCCCUCUCACCCUUGGGGAACCAGUGCCAGGGGCUCGCACCAUGGCCCGCUUCCAGAUACGAAGCCCCUUAUCCAACGGACAUGGCGAAGCUGGCCAAAAUGGACACCCGCUUAGCAACGGCAUCCCCACUCCGAUCAAAGAGGGCGAUGUUCAGAUGAGCGGGACCGACGAUGACACCCAGAACCUGACCCAAUCCCAAACCUCUCCCAUGGGCCCGCCGCCAAGAUCACAGGAAGGGCCUUCCUCGAUAAAUUUGGCGGCUGGGGCAACACAGGUAUCUCAGCGGUCUGCAAUUACCACCCUGCCUCCUGGGAUGUCACCGUCGGCUGUGAUCAACGAGGCAUCCACGACUAAGACGUCAGAUCCGUCGACCCUUAGGUCUUCCAACUGGAGCACGCAGAACACAAAUGGAAACCAAGAGCACGAUGAUGCGCUGCCGGACACGCUGGUAGUUGCACAGAACCAGAGCCAAAUGUUACCGCAUAACCAAAGCAUCUUGUCAUCUUCUAGUGAGAUUUGGCCUCAUACUCAGGCUAGGGGACCGGCUCUUGACGACAGCUCAUCCGCUUCAAUCAUAAGCCGCCCGUCGCUCGAUUCGCAAACCCACAAGAGUCCGGGAGGUGUGAAGUCGGUGAUUAGCUUGCCGUCUCAUGAUGGAAGCUCGUCGGGGGACGCGGUUCGCAACUCGGGCUCGUCUUCUCAACCGUUGCAAGUGGAGGGGCAGAUUGAAGAGCUUCUGCACAGAGUGGCAGAGUUCACCUCUGGCUGUACAAUUGAGCAACUGGAACAAGUCAACCGUGAGAUGAUGGACGAGAUAUGGCGAAGCAGACAUGAGUGGAACCGAGUCAAGGUGCUCGGGAACGUGUCGGCAGUGUUCAACGAAGUGAUGAGCGACAUUGAAAACAUGCAGGGCGUGGAUCCAUUGAGUCAGCGAGAGGACAUGGACGUGUAG